AUGGAUGGAACAAAGCCAGCCAUGGAGUCCAACGCGGAGGAGACUCAAGACGAGGGACAGGAGAGCAAAGGAUGCUUCGAGUGCUGCAUCAAGUGUCUGGGUGGGGUGCCCUAUGCCUCCCUGGUGGCCACCAUCCUCUGCUUCUCAGGCGUGGCUCUGUUCUGCGGUUGCGGCCACGUGGCGUUGACCGGCACCCUAACCAUGCUAGAGAACCACUUCUCCAGGGUCGCAAGCGACCACGAAACCCUCACCGUGGUGAUCCAGAUCUUUCAGUACAUCAUCUACGGCAUCGCCUCCUUCUUCUUCGUCUACGCCAUCAUCCUGCUGGCUGAGGGCUUUUAUACCACCAGCGCCAUCAAGAAGGAGCUGCAGAGCGACUUCAAGACCUCCGUGUGCGGACGCUGCAUCACCGCCUUCUUCAUGUUCCUGACCUACAUCCUCGCCCUGGCCUUCCUCGCCAUCUUCGGCUUCACGGCCAUCCCAGUUUUUCUCUUUUUCAACAUGUGGAAUACCUGUGCUGCCAUGAGGUCUCCUGAUUCCAACAUCACCUCACCUGACUCCAUCUGUGUGGACGUUAGGCAGUAUGGUAUUAUUCCCUGGAAUGCCACUCCGGGAAAAGCUUGCGGAGCCACACUGGGAGACAUCUGUAACACCAGCGAGUUCUACCUGUCCUACCAUCUCUACAUCGUUGCGUUAGCCGGUGCUGGAGCCACUGUCAUCGCAUUGAUUCACUAUCUGAUGAUUUUGGCGGCCAACUGGGCCUACCUGAAGAGUGCCGUCUCCACGCACGAGUACCAGGACAUCAAGACCAAGGACGACCAGGAUCUGGAGGCUGAGGCUCGCUCCAAGGAUGGCCAGAACUCCUCCUCCUACUCAUAAGGACAAGCAGACCUCUCACGCCACCACUCAUCUUCCCACCACACCUUAACCCCCACCUCAAAACACCCAACGCCCACCCCUCCCUCCGUUAAAACAAAUCACCUCGGUCAUGUUUGAUAGUCC